CGACGGAUCAGUCGAGACAGUGGGGUGCUGCAAAUGCACUGCCAAGUGGACAUUUCGACCAACAAUUGUUUCACAGAUGUUAUUCUAUGGGAAAUGAACAUAUGCAUAUGUUGAAUUUCUUUCUGUGAUCGAUCGAUAGCUGGCUUCUUCCCCCUCAAAGUUAUUAAAGUGCGCGUGACUUGACCGCACGGUGAUAUCACCCUGAGUUUAUUUCUAAUUGUACAAUUUGCAGAAUUUAUGCUAAACGAGAAGAGGGUAAUAGAAUAUAGUCGUUCGAUCGAUUGGAAGUGAAGGUUUUGCAAAACCUUUUCAUGACUUUUUCACAGUCAAACGCGUUUCGAUGUUCGUAGCGAUAUGAUUUGUAUCGAGACUCAACAUUUUAAUCUUAAUCGAAUUCUUUUGUUCGUGACAGGUUUAUGGCCCUAUCGGCGCUCAAGCCUCGUUCGAUUUCAAUUUGCCUUGUUUCUCUGUAUUAUGAUAAGCUUUAUUAUAUUCCAGAUGACAACGUUUAUAACUACAGAAUGCACUAUUGAUCUUCUUGUCAAUGUUAUUUGUUCCAUAUUGUUUUUUAUUCCUUUCCUGAUUAAAUACUGCUCAUUUUAUAUUAAUAUUCAAACUUUAAAAUAUUUACUAGAGAAACUUCAGCAUAUCUGUAAUGGAUUAGAGGACAAGAACGAAGUAGCUAUUAUAGAAAAAUACGGAUACGAUGGGAAACGUUAUACGACUAAUAUUAUAAGUAAGACAAUAUAAGCGUAACAGAGUGAAAUUAGUCAGAGUGUAAAACAAAUAAUUAACCAUUUUGCUGCUUUACUACUUUGUGUUUAACUGGACAUUGUGAAUAUUUUACUACACGAGCAUAUAAUAAAAAAAAUAUCU